AUGGCGGGUGGCUUGCGCGAAUAUGCAAAUAACGAGGGAUUUUACGUUCAAAUGCACAAUGCAUCUUCGGGAGAUUUACUUUGGGGAGGCUCUAAAUCUCUCAAAUCAAGGAAAAGGAAUGCUUCUCGUGAGUUUUAUCCAGUAGAGAGAUUGGUUUCAAAGAGGAGAGUGCGAAAUACGACGGAAUACUUGGUAAAAUGGAAAGGAUAUAGUGCCUUCCAAAAUACAUGGGAAGAGGAAGAUAAUUUAACUGCUGAUCUCAUAAGGAGUUAUAACAAGCCAUGUAUUCCACCUGAGAGAUUAUGUAGGAAUCUCGACUUUCUACAGGUGGCUCUGACAACAAAGUUAAAGUCAAAGAACAGGAACAAGUUAAUUUUAGAUUUUGAGCAUGAUGUUUUUAGAUAUUUAUUUUAUGGGAAGGGAAGACAAUCAAGGGACAACAAGUAUUUAUUAUUAGAAAAAAACGAUUUUAUUAGAUGUGAAUUUGUAGACAAUUGGGAUGUAGUUUUAGAUAGGAUUGGUGAUGGAGUAGCAAUAAAAUACCCUGUUAAAGUUAGGGCAUUUUUAAAGAAGUCACCGAAAAGUUUUAGCAUGGCUAGUGGAACACUUCAGGAAAGUCGGCAGAUGUUAAUUGAAAAAUUAUCAAUUGAUUUUGUACGACAAUCUGUUACAGUUCCUACAGUAGAUUAA